AUGGGCCCCUGUACCGCCUCCUCAUGCUGCUGCCAGGCCCCUAAUCUGCCAUGGGCCCCUGUACCGCCUCCUCAUGCUGCUGCCAGGCCCCUAAUCUGCCAUGGGCCCCUGUACCGCCUCCUCAUGCUGCUGCCAGGUCCACAGUCUCUCAUGGGUCCCUGUACGGCCUCCCCAUGUGCCACUUUCAGGUCUCCUCACACUGCUGGUGUGUUCCAUUUUUUUGUCAUAGGGUGCUGGCAGAUUACGGGCCUCCCAUUGCUGCUGUCCCAGGCCCCUAAUCUGCCAUGGGCCCCCGUACCGACCUCCUCAUGCUGCUGCCAGUUCCACAGAGUCUCCUCAUGGGUCCCUGUACGGCCUCCCAUUGCUGCUGUCUCCAUCGCCACUACUCUGCCUUCCGUGUGCCACUUUCAGUUCUCCUCACCAGGUUUC